CUUUAUCCUGCUCGUCUGUCCCGCUCACUUAGACCUCACAGGAAACUCACGGCUCCCCCCGGCCCUCAAACACACUUUUUUUUUUUACUCUCAUACACAGUCCUGCCGGCUUGCUGAGUCUGACCAGAGAGGAUGGCUAAGCACAUGUGGAGAAUGAAUGGGCUCUGGGGAAGGAUGGCUGGAGUCCUUGUGCUCUGCGCUCUGUUGUUUAGCAAUGAGGUGAUGUGUCAAGAUGAUGAUGCUGCAGCAGCAGCAGACCCCACCGACGCAGCUGACCCAGCCGCAGACCCUGGUGCUGUGACAGAUGCUUCAGCUGCCAGUGCACCUACGGAUGCCUCAGCUGCCCCAGAUGCAGGUGCUCCCCCGACUGAUGCUGCUGCUGGUGCUGCUGAUGCUGCUGCUGAUGCUACUGUAGAACCUGCUGCUCCUGGAGAUAGUGUGUUUCCAGCAACCAUCAUAAAUGUUGUACUCAAUUCUAGUGGGGGCACCUCAGGGACCAAUGCUCCUGCCACUGUAGAAGACAAAGCCUCAGCUGCUGUGGUUCCAGUAGUGACCAGUGUUGUUAAAGCCGUGGUGCCUGAUGUGAAGUGUGUUGGAAAAGAGGACAUACCAGAAAGUGCUAUCAAGGUUACGGUGGUCACAACUGACUGUGAUGCCACUAAACGCAUCAUUCAGGAUAAUCCUGCAGGCUGGUGUAACAAGGAAAACUGUAACCUAAAAAUCUCCCAGGAGGGCAACACAAUCCAAAUGGCCAGUGAAGAUGCUAAAUUGAGUACUUUGGUUGAUGCCGUCCAGAGUGCUGGUUUGAAGAAUCAGCUGGGUGUGACAAAAGUGGAGACCCCGUCCUCAUCAGGUUCCUCUGUCUUCGUGGGGAUCCUGAUCAGUGGUCUGCUUGCCGCCAUAGGGAUCACUGUUGGUUACUUCAAAUGCCCACGCAAAGGCGAUGCCAAAGGAGUGAGGCUGGCAGAGGAGGCCUAUCCAGCAGACCAGGAGAACCAGGGGAACACUCUGGUAUCCGUGGCUCCCCUGAACCCUCCACCAGAGACCCCGGAGAAACCCAGCGUGAACGGAGAGUCUCCUGAGGCAGCCAAGACCGAGCCUUCUCCUCCUCCCACUAACGGCGCCCCCACCACCAAGACGGCAGACACCGAGCUGUGAAAACAGUCUCCAAAGAACUACAGCCCAGGAACUACCCCCAACAAACACACCCAUCCACAAACACACACACACACACACACACACACACACCUUCAUCCCUGUGAAACCCCUUUUCUGAAUCCACUUCUGCCCAAAACACACAGACUCCAGUGAACAUCAGGGAACAAGAGCAAUCUUUUACAUCAAUGCUCCUCUUGUCACAGUCCACAUAGGGCCUCCUCCUUUGGCUUUGUGCCUCAAUUAACAUCAGGAAAAGCAGUCUGACGACUACGACUACGACAGUGAUGAAUGAUGUCGACGGUGACGAAGGCUCGACCCCCGAGUUGUUGAGGAACGACUGGAGAUGGGCACCUCUGGGUGGGAAAAGAGUUAACAUCAAUCAGGACUGGUUCCAAUAAUGACUGCAGCCAUGUCUCUGCAUGUCGUCUGGUUUUGAAAAGCUCCUGUAAAUCCUCUGCUGGUGAAUACAGCACAAGCACAUAAAGUCACAUAGUUUCUUGUAAGGCCUAGACAGACACGGGAAAUAAAUCACCCUGCCUUGAAAAUCUGUUUACAAACUUCUCAAAGUGAAAAAUCCAUUGGGGCUGUCAUUUGUGUGAUUGAAUCAUAGACUGUUUGUAAGGAGUGGAUUUGCGCUCUGUUUCGGAGUGGACGUGCCUUAAAGCUGCAUCCAGCAACACGACUCACACAACAUAAGAUUGGGAAAUGAGACGUCCUCCUGCUUUUUUUUUUUUUUUUUCACCCUGCAUUCACAUGGUGUCACAAUAAUUGGAAAAAUUACUUUUUUUUUAAACUGGUGACAUGCAUUUGAAAACGAUCUCGAGUAGGGACGAGAAGACAACAACUAGACACCUGACUUACCACAGACAUAGCCAUAGACGUUGUAUUCAUUUCCACAUUGCAUUUAAAACUCCUGGCUCAUUCGUAUCAUGGUAUAAGGCUCUAAGAUUGAGGGUUCUGUCAAAGCAAAAGUUAGCUAGAUUGGUUCUGCGUAAGGAAAUACAAAACAUUUGAUUGCAAGUUGGAAGAACUACUUUGCAACCUUGAGAUAUCAGAGAAAUACUUGAACACAGAUUUAUUACCUCCAUAUACAUUUUCUAAAAAAAAAACAUAAGGCUCUCCAUCACUGUUUUCCAGUCUUCUUCUGCACAGUGUGAUCCUCAUUCUGUAAGUCUCAUCCCAUAUACAGUUAAGUAGAUGAUGAAGUAGGGUACAUUUUAAGGCGUGGCUUCUUUGUGUUUUAGCAGCCUGUGCUUGAAAAAGUGAUAUUAUAUCUGGGUAAAGACGUGGUUACAAAAAGAUCAUACAAAAUACAAAAUAUCAAGAUGGCAGAGGUCAAAUUGAAAACUUGAGUCCCCCAAAUCUGCAACUUUACGUUUGCUACGUCCACUGAGUAUAUACGGUCUAUGGGUUGGGUUACUGAUAGCGUCGGUGUGAAAACGUGUGUAUGUGUGUGAUUGCUACUUUUAAAUCCUGCAUGUGUGUGUAUGCUCGCAUCUGUACUGUGCACGGACGGCGUGUUUAUCCUUACAUUUUAUCUCGCUAACUGUGCGUUUGCGCGGUUGUUCACGAGUGGUGGACGAUUGUCUAGGUGUGCGAGCGGUUGACGAGUCUGAAUGUGCAUGUGACAUAAGCCAUGAAAAAUGUAGAAUUCUUGUUAUGUACGCUGACAGAGUGGCAACUAAUCAAGUUGUAGUUUUGGUCCCUGUGGCGAGGAAGGAGGAGUACUGAGAGGUUUAGCGACAUCUUUUUUUGUCUGGUUGUCUUUUUAUCUUUACUGCAAACAGUAGUGCGUCAUCUUUCACUAAGCCAACAAGCCUCUUCAUAGUCACUACUGAAAAUCACCAGACUGACUAUGAGACCAACAGACUCCCAAAGGCCUCAGACGCAGAGCAAAUCCAUCUGUCAGCGUUACUCUCUUCAAUAUACUGUAUAUGCUUUUUUUUUUUUUUUUUUUUUUUUUUUUUUUUUACUCUCACUGUUCUAUUGAACAGUGUGUAUAGUUUUGAUUUUUUUUUUUUCCUUGUUUUUAAUUUGUGUAUCUACUCUUGUUGUGUGCCAAAGAAUCUCAUUUCAAUGAUGAUGAUGUUACUAAAACUGUCCCUCAGUGGCACCCUUAACAAAUUCUCAUCCAGGUCAUCUAACAUUUAGAAAUAUUUUAAAAAGGAGGACUUGAUGGAGCAAAAAAAAAAAAAAUCAGAGGUGGGGGACUACUUUUGCAUUUUCAUUUUAACAGAUUAAAGUGAAUCUGGUACGUAAAUAAAUAAAGUUGAAAAUGUUCCCAAUAAAGGUCAAAUACCAUUUUGAGAUUAUUAUUAUUUUUCAAUCUGGCAUCAAUACUGAAAAUUUCAACGAGUUUUGUCGACUGUUUGACUUUAUUCCUUGAUGCAAAAAAAAAAAAAAAUCAUCUUCCUCUAAUUCGUCUCAAUCCUCUGCUGUAGAAUUAAUACCAAAAAACGGACACUGCCAUGUUUUUACUGGAGCUAAGAAAAAUAUUCUGAUAUAAAUGGGAUGUGUCACGUUGACUUCUCCUUUCAGCCUAUCGUGUAUUAUUUCAUUGCUAACAUUCCAAUGUGACUGUUUCAUUUGACUAGCAUCCUGUGAUUUCAAUUGGAUAUAACAUGAAAAAAUAAAGAAAUCACUUUUUACGAA